AUGACCGAGGAUCUCGAGGCUAUCAUCCUCUCAGCCGGGUCCGCAUAUUCAGAAGGUCGAUUUAACGAAGCUCUCGAAUGCUAUGAACAAGCUAUCGCUGCUCGACCCCACAACGCGAUUCUGUUUGCAAAUUACGCGGCGAUUUUGCUGCGAUUGGAUCGCGUUGAUGAAGCACUCAAAAAUGCAGACCAUGCAAUCGAGUUGGACCCGAACUGGGCAAAGGCUUACUACCGUCGCGGUGAAGCACUACGACGUCUAAAUGCGCUCCUACCAGCCGUAGUAUCGCUCAGCGAAGGAGUUGCUCUUGAUCCAUCGAAUAAACUCAUCGCAGAGAUGCAAAUCGACGUUUCGCAACAGCUCUUUAAACACUUUCCCCUUGAACGCUUGCAAAGCAUGGGACUGGAUCAUGACCGAUUUACAGUGCUUACCGUUACUGGUCAAGAACUGGCUUCUGCUGGUUAUCAUCGCGAAGCGCAGACAGUGCUUAACCGAGCCCUUUCUCUCCACACCCCAUCAUUACGUUUGCGAGAAUCGGCUCUAUCGUCGCUGGCGUCCGUACACUUCUUGCUCGGGGACUUUGUCCAGGCAACCCAUUGUUAUCAGCAGCAGCUCGAAAUACGUCUGCAAUUAGGUGGGCCACCCGCAGAAGUGCUUGACAACGUGGCAAUGAGCUCCGAAGCUGCCGGAAAUCAUGCAUUAGCGUUGAGAUAUCGAAAACAAAUUCUGGAGCAUCUAUGUGGCCUGCCGCUGGCAAAGGAAAGACUAAAAAUUGCAAAACUGCACAGUAACCUCAAUCAAACAGAACAAGCCUUGGAAGAGUAUGAAUGUAUUGAGAAAUCAGUCCUGUUCAUGGAUGAUAAAGACAAAGAAGAUUUGGCUUUGCAAGUACGAAUAGGAAAAGGAGUGGUCUACGGUUCAAUGGGCGAAACAGCUAAGUGCCUCGAAGAACUGUCUAACGUCAAUGGUACAACUGAAGAGGAUGCUAUUCUCAUUGCCGAUACGAUCGUGGCUUGCCACAUCAAAGAGGGUAACAGUGACAAAGCAGUGGAAUACCUGAACAGUUUGUUGAAAACUGCUUCGGAGAGAACGCAAGAAAAAGUGUUCGGUCACGCAUGUUUCCUACUGGCCCGUGAACAAAUUCGGAACGGACACCACAUAAGUGCUGCACGACUAGCCAAACGCAUUCUUCGUUUGGCCAAAGUUGCCUCGGACCACUAUCUCGAAAGAUGCGGUCUUCAAUUGCUGGCCACAAUCUAUGAAAAACAGCGCGAUCCAAACUCGACUAAGGCCUUGCUCAAAAAGUUCUUAGAAGUUCCUGGAGCAACAGUACAAGAACAUGUGAACGCCCUGCUCCAACUGGCAGUAAUUGCGCCAGAAACUGGUGACGAUGCGGUAAAGUACCUCAGUCAGGCUCUGGAACAGGCUAAGAACUCUGAGAACGUCGACGCCAUCGUUAUAACACAAUCAGCCAUGCUUAGACAUUACAUGUGCUGUUCACCUGACGAUGAAAGAUACUGCUUGAGCGAGCUUCUAGCAGAGCAGAAAAAGCUACUCAGAAAGGAUAUCAGUGCGGUAUCCAGGUCGAUAAUAUUCGAGGAUUUGGGAAUGUGUGAAGAGGGAGAACCUAGUGGAUGUAAUGAGCUUCGUGCUCUAGAGCAGAGCCUCACUGAGGCACAAGAAGGUAACCAUGUCCAACGCGAAUUAUUCCUACUCGAGAAACUUGGGGACACCCUGCUUAUGCUGGGACGCAUUGCUGAAGCAGAGGGCUUCUAUCAGCAGUUGCUAACUUUGGCACGACAACUUCGCGAAGUUAUACCCAUUAAACGGGGCUUCAUGAAAAUGGCAAUUCUGACCUUCGAGAACAAGCAGUGGAACAAAAGCGUGGAAUUUGCGAAAAACGCAAUAACUCUGGCUCGACUCUGUCGCGACCAUGAGUCAAAAGCGUAUAUGCUGUUGCUCACUUCGAGAGCUGAACUACAAAGAGGCAACAAAGACGUCUCUAUGAACAUUCUACAGAAGACACUCGCCGAAUGCGAGCGAUAUGAACUGAAUAAUACCUUAGCUAUCGCCACGCGAUUCAUGGUUGACUCUGCGAUCGAAUGUGGGCAGGACGAUCACCAAAUACGUGAGCACCUACGUCAGCACAUCUCGCUUUUUGCUUGGGAAACAGAUGAGGGCGAAAAACUUCGAAGUGUGGUUCGUCUACCAAAGUACGACUCAGACCUGGAUCAUAUCACCAGCUUGACUAUCAUUGCUGCUGCCAAGAAAAUUACAUCUGCUGUGUCUAACCACGAUCGGGCAACGAUUCUUCUAGAUUGUUUUGACGCCUGCCAUCAUCUCGAUAUGCGGGACGAAAGCUGGCGUAUACUAGAAGAUCUUCUUGAGGGUUCUAUCCCAGAGAAGUGCUUCCAAAAAAUAGCACAGCGAUUAGUGCUGUUUCCUUUGCACCGACGAGCUCCACCUCUACUGCACAUGCUUAAACAAGGUUUCUCUGAUUCUCAGUUCCUCGUCCAGUUGGCCGUUUUCAUGCCUUCCUUAAUUCUGGAGAAGUUGCCAGUGAAUAACCUCUUAUUGCAACUAGUUUGCUAUGUGCGAAUGGAAGAUUGGAGAUCUGCUUCAACAUGCGUGAUCGCAGCACUCGCUGAUGAAGAUUCUUCCCAAUCAUCUCUGCUUGAUGGAAUUUUUGGACAUAUAACGACGGAAGAGGUACUGCAGCAAGUAUUCCUUCUCUCCCAGUGGUAUGUCGAAGAAACCAUACACUGUCUAACCCUUCAUAUGAUCAAUGAAAUAGCUUUCUGCUCAUUUUUCGACUUGGCCUUUGAAGAGUGCCUACAUCAAAGAAUAACCCUGACUCCCCGAUCCCGUGCACAUCUCCAUGGUCUCAUCUCCAUGGGGCAGUACGAUCUGGUACACGAAGCAGCACAGGCAGUGGAGAAAAUCAUCUGUGCUGCUAACAUCGGCGAGACCGAGCUGAUGCCAAUGUGGUACGAGGAACUUGUGCAGGAAUUUCUUGCUGAGCAAGUUCCGGUAAUGGAACUCUUCUCGUUUUCAUCCCUUCAAUUUCAACUCAAAGUCGCCACCGUGUUCAUGGUUCUCCAGCAAGAAACUUUUGAAGAGCAAUUGCGCAUCAUGGAAACCUGCAAGUACCUCAUGGACAGGCGAGCGAGGGCGCCUACCUGCAAUACAUUAGAAGAAUUCCGUCUUAUCUCACCAUCGUACCAAAAAUCGUUCGUUUACAUCUUCAAGAUUGGCCGAAUUGAGCUAGCUUGGUCUUGGGAACCAAGUGAAGGGGAUGAACUGAUCAAUACUGUAAACGUGGAGACGGAGACGCUAACGUUUUACGAGAGUUGUCUCCUACAGUAUCUUGAGAAAAAAAGAAUUCCGAAAUGCUCCUUAUUGGAAAGAGACGUCGAUGUCGUCAUAGCAAAUGGGACAGUUGAGAUACCGACCAGCGCUAGGGUCUAUGCAUUACAUUCUUCACGAGAUUUCGAAGAGCAAAGUUGA